GCUAACUAGUGAAUGCAGCCUAUGUACAAAGACGUAGAAAUGGGGGGGAACGUAGUGACAUACUUCCGGCACUGUAGACGAGAAAGAUGGCUGCACCACAGCAGCAGCCUUCAACCGCUACUUCAGCUGCUGGCGUGUCAGGUCCAGGUUCGGCUGGUGGCCCGGGUCCCCAGCAACAGCCGCAACCGCCGACGCAACUGGUGGGACCCGCCCAGAGCGGGCUCCUGCAGCAGCAGCAACAGGACUUCGAUCCUGUGCAGCGCUAUAAGAUGCUCAUCCCGCAGCUGAAGGAGAGUCUCCAGACCUUAAUGAAGGUUGCAGCCCAGAACCUUAUUCAGAACACUAACAUUGACAACGGACAAAAGAGCAGUGACGGAUCCAUACAGCGCUUUGACAAGUGCCUGGAGGAGUUCUACGCACUGUGUGACCAGCUGGAGCUCUGCCUGCGCUUGGCACACGAGUGCCUUUCACAGAGCUGUGACAGUGCCAAGCACUCUCCAACGCUGGUGCCCACAGCCACCAAGCCCGACGCCGUGCAGCCUGACAGCCUGCCCUACCCGCAGUACCUGGCGGUUAUCAAGGCCCAGAUUGCUUGUGCCAAGGACAUUCACACUGCCCUGCUGGACUGUGCCAACAAGGUCACAGGCAAGACGCCUGCACCCCCUACUGGCCCUGGGGGCCCCCUCUGAGGUCUCUGUGGGAAGUGGGGCUGAUAGGAGGGUAGGGAGGGGUAUGGGAGGGUACUGGCAGAGAGAGAAUGAAGUGUGGCCUAAACCAAAGCAAGUGGUCUCCGAUUUCUUUUUCCCACUUGAGCUCUGUGGCCAGAAGCCACCAGGGGGCAGCAGAGACCUGUAGGCAAUGCCAGCCAGGCUCUUGCUGCCUCCUGCCUCCCUCCCAGGCCUAGGCUGAACUUUGAACUGGGGGCUUAAUCACCUUUGUUCCAGGGCCUACCUCCCCCCCAAACCAGGCUUGGGUGUGGCACUCUAGCUGGACACUUAUUCAGUCCUUCUGGAGUCUGUUCCAGUGUGACUGCUCCUUUCUCUAGCAGUUCCUCAGUCUCCUCUGUUGCGUCUCUCUUUCUUCCUUUUUGUGUGUCUCUGCCUCCCUUUCUGUCUAAGCCCUGUGAUCUUGUAUCUCUCUGCCUCAUUCUCCCAGCUCCCUUGUGCUGUCUUCUGCCCCAGCUCCCAGCUGUCUGUGAAGGGUGCUGAACCCUGAGUUAUGUGGGACUCGGGGAAGAGACUUCACUUCCAGGGCCACAGCCAAGCCUAGAGCCCACAGCUCCUCCCAUGUAACCCAGCCCCAGGAUUUGCAGGCCCAGGAAAAGAAAAGUGGAGGGGUCUCGCCCUGACCUCAGCACACCCAGAUUCAGGAGCAGCCCAGGCCCCCGCCCAUCCCCUGCGUCAGCGGGACUCUAAAGAGGGGCAUUGUGCAAUGCAUGGGGAGGCUAGGCUCAGCUGAGCGCCUGGUCCUUGUAUUUUUAGCCCCAAAGGAGAAGUGAAAAGGCACUGGCAGGGGUGAAUCAUCAGUCCUGGGGAAGAACCCAGCUCCGGGAAGCAGGGCCUGGGGAGGGGGCCCCCACCAGCACCCCACUUCCCCACCAGCUUUGGGGAGUUCAGCCGUGGCCUUCAGGCCUGGGCAAGUGCCGGGCGGAGCCACCAGCCCAGGCCCAGCUGUCAGACUGUGAAAGGCCCAAGUGACUCAGCCUGGUUGGGGAACUGCCCCACCCAGCACCUUUGGUGCCCUGGUUCCCAUGUCACCACCCAGCAGCCUCCUGUCCUGGACCCCAUGUCUGCAAGGAAACCCUAGGAGCACAGAGACCUCUUUGAUUCACCCAGAGCCCAGGCCCUACACCGGAAAACUGGGAAGGUGGCCAGCUUACGUGUUGUGUGUGGACAUCCCAGGUGCGGGGCAGGAUGGUGGUCCAAUGAGGGAGCUCUUCAGGGAAGCCUUGGUACUCCCCGUCUAGCUGAGUCAGUCCUGCCCAGCCCCCAAAGACAUGGGCCUUUCCCACCUACAGUCAGCUGACAUGCACUUUUGUCACAGGAGGACUGCAAGUUCCAGGAUAGUCUGGACUGCAGAGCGGCACCUUGUCUCAAAACAACAGAAAGGGCGGGGGCUCCUGGUUCGUCUCCUGUAAUGCUAGCUAUGCAGAAGGCAGAGAUCGGGGGAUCUUGGUUCGAAGCCAGCCUGGGCAAAUAGU